GUGUAAUUAUUUCUUAAUGCAAAAUAUCCUGAUAUCAUCGCUUUUCCAAGCGUGAAAAUUUCGAGGGUGUUGCUGGUAAAGCGAAUUGUCACUUAAUAGCUACACAUUAAUCAUAAUUUUUAAAGUAAUAAUAUACCAUGUCUAACACAUUACCUGCAAAUGAACCAACCUAUGUUGCUUUUUUUGGUGUUAUGGGAGCUACAUCUGCCAUGAUUUUUAGUGCUCUUGGUGCUGCCUAUGGAACAGCAAAAAGUGGCACAGGAAUUGCAGCUAUGAGUGUCAUGAGGCCAGAGUUAAUUAUGAAAUCAAUUAUCCCAGUUGUCAUGGCUGGUAUUAUUGCAAUCUAUGGGCUAGUAGUAGCAGUAUUAAUAGCUAAUGGAUUGAAGUCGACUGGAUACACUUUAUUUAAGAGCUUUGUAGAUCUUGGUGCCGGUCUAAGUGUUGGUCUAAGUGGUUUAGCUGCAGGAUUCGCUAUUGGAAUUGUUGGCGAUGCUGGAGUUCGUGGAACUGCCCAACAACCACGUUUGUUUGUUGGCAUGAUUCUUAUACUCAUUUUUGCUGAAGUAUUAGGGUUGUAUGGACUAAUUGUUGCUUUAAUGUUAACUACUAAAUCUUAGUUUUUAACUUCUCAACAAUAUCAAUCUAAAUUUUAA